AUGUCAGGUGCCAAUUCACUUGUGGAAUCACCAAACCUUCAACUGGCCAAAGCGCGUCGCGAUCCUGGGGUAUGGAUCGGGCAAUGCGAGAAAGGGGAACCCCCGAAGGAGGUGGUCCGGAUCAUCGAAAAGAUGGGCGGUCACUUGCGGGACCCAAUGAAGGAAGUGUGGGAGCACCGGCUUCCUAUCAAACUGUCUAGGUCCUUUGAAGAGCCUCAGGGUUCGAAGCAGAAGAUGAGCGGACUGCACACGGAGGUGCAGGAGGAAGUCAUCCGCCACACAGGGUUCCCAGCGGUGAUCCUCGACAUUUUGUCACGACCAGGGAUGAUCGUUCGGCUGACGUGUUCAUGGGGCUGGCACAGAACCUUGGGAACGGCUGGUGUGAUCAUCAAGAUCUUGCAGAUGGCAGGCGUCGAGGUGGUCCUGUACUCCGCCCGCUUGUCGAUGGCCCCUGCGGUGGAUUGCAGCAAUGUCAUCGCCUUUCUGCAAGGGACUAUGCGAACCCUUUCGCAAAACAUGUAUGAUGACAUCACCGGGAAGCCUUGGACCGAUGAGGACUUCAACAAUGCCUUGGAGAGGGCUCGAAACCUGUGGAGAGAAGUCUACCCUCAUUGCCGGAUUAGCUUUCGGGAAAAGUCGGUGGCUCCACCCCCCCCGGGGGGGCCUCCCCCUCGGGACAUUGGCCCGAUAGCCACAGCGUCAGCAAGACCUCCUCCCAAGCCAACCCGCCCAGCCCCAAAGGCGGCAUCAACCACCGCCCCAAAGGCAGAGCCAGCCUCAGCCUCAAGUGUGAAGAGGGAGCCAUCCCCCACAGCCUCAGCCUCAAGUGUGAAGAAGGAGCCAUCCUCCACAGCCUCAGCCUCAAGUGUGAAGAGGGAGCCAUCCCCCACCGCACCUGAGCCAGCCCCAAAGGUGGAAGAGCCAGCCCCUGUCAAGGAGGAAAAGAUCGGUAUGCCGCCAGGGCUUGUGGAUGAGCUCCAAACCAUGAGCCCAGCACAGAAGAAGGCCAAGCUCAGUGACCCCUACGUGCGGGAAAUGAUUCAGCAGCAGAUCUCUUUCUUGCAGGGCCUUCUUGAAACUGAUGUUGACGGGGGUGAUGGAUGGGACGAGGUGUUGGACGAGAUCUUGACCGACUACCAGAUCCAGCCUAGCAUCAGAGCUAUGAUGGCCGCUGCCAAGAUCUCCCGGAGCCACAAGAUCAAACUAAUGUUCAACAUGCUGCUCCGCUGGGGGAACAAGGCAGAGUCGAAUGACUGGUUGCGCAGGGCAAUUGGCAACUUGGCUUCACAUGUCAUGGCUGAGCACUCAUGCUUUGAAGCAACAUUUUCAAAAAACAUGAUUGAUACUCAAAAAAGCAUUUUCAAAGUUGUCAAGGUUGAAGUGCUUGUACUCCAGGUCAAGAAGAGGUUGAUGCAGCACCGUCAUCAAAUUGGCGCCGCUGGCGCUGAGCAUGGACUUUUUUCAAUUUGUGGGCCAACUGAGCUCAACUGA